UGAGUUGGGACCUCGAUCUCACCGAAGUUGCAAGGCAUGUCGUCAUUUCCAGUGGGCAAAUACGCGCGGUACAAGCGCGCCACCGCCUACUUUCUUGGUUGGCUGGUGCGUGCCGGAAGCAGAGAUGGAGAUGGCAAACACUUUCAGCUCGACACAUUCGACGUCGUAGUCAAUGAAAUUGCAGCGGGUCGGUCGACACUCACAAAUAAGCUUCUGCAAGAGCUUCCAAGGGCACUCACAGCUUGCCAAUGUGCAAUUCAUUUGCGUGAACAUGUGGCCUCCUUCUUCCCUGAACACGAUGAAGGGCAGGCUGGUCACCAGCAUUUCGUACAACAACUGCGGAACUGGCAUAAAAUAUUGAAAGGGGCAGCGGUGGGUCGACCACAGACUGCACUGCAGUCGGAAAGUCCCGAUUGCGAUAAUUAUUAUGAAGUGCUGGAUGUAGAUGACGACUACUUACCAGAUGAAGACUCGUACUUGGCGAAAGGUGGGCUUCCCAAGACUACGACCUUUGAUAGGAAUCGUCUGCUUGAGGAGGCGUUUGCAAAUGAAAUGAAGAUGGAAGUGGUAUGCUUUUUUACGGAACUGGACGAAUUGAUGCAAGGUGUAUGCAAAGUUUACGGCGAAGUGAAGCGUGAGGAACGCACGUUGAUUGAAGCAACAGUGGUGGCGAAGCUGGCAGUGGAUUCCGCCAGUGCGCUCACAGCGCAACUGCAACUAAAGUAUCCGGCAUUUCGCACAAGUGAAGACGUGUACAACGUCGUCCGAAAUAUUGAUCCGGACAAAUUUAGGCAACGAAUGGCAACGAUUCAUACAAAAUACCUGACGGAUCUACAGGAUUCUCUGCUCAAUGGUGACGAAGCGAUACCUUACAUAACUGGGAUGUUUCUGGUUGAUUUCCUGAGUGUGGGUACUACCUUAGCCAGUUUUCUUACUGCUCUCCCCAUGGAUUCAACCAAGAGUAUAAAGUUUCCCACUGGAUGUUUCGGUGAAGUCUACAACGAAGACCGAACACCACACUACGUUCUGCUACCGGAUCCCAGCAAAACCAACGUCUUCCUGUUGCAGCAGCUACCGCUCCUUCAUAAGACAAUAAUGGAGAAGAAAAUCACUACUGGAUCCGCAUAUGAUUCGUCUGCACCUAUGGACUCAUUCAUGCUGCUAAUGGAGAAAUACUUCACCACCCGAGAGGUAACAGUUCCAUUGGUGUUUGCGUGCAUCUGUUGGAUGAAGUCGGUUGCAGCACUACAAGGGGAUACAGGUCUAGGACGCAACGCUAGUCUGACUUUCCAGCACUCGACAAAGCUGAUGAGAAAGAUCGAAGCCACAGUGGCAACUGGUUCAGUACGAAAGGCUCACAAGAAAUCCAACGACGUGCUUCAACUCUGUGCAGACGAGAUUAAAAGAUCAUCCGGGCUUCGCUACUUGUCACGUGCGAAUCCGUUGCUAGCAGGUCUCACGAUGCUGGACCAUCACUUUAAGUAUUUGCACAUGGCAAGUGAAAUUUUACUGGUAACGUCGAGAUUUCGAUCUUUCGGCCACGUGUAUAAUGCACUUGUGAAAGAAGGGUUUCUCGACCACAUCCCGUUCUUGGACGAUAUACUGGAAGUCUACAGCGAGAUGAUCUUCACGCCGUCUAGAGGUGCAGCCAAGCGUGGCUCGUACUACCGAACUCUACUGCUCAGUGUGGACUUGAGAUCAUCCUCAGUCGAUGCAGCGUGUCGUGGUGAAGAUUUAUCUGCUGGAAACGAAAACUUUAAGAAACGAAAAGUGUUUCAUUUGAGUGACUUGUCCGAGACGUACAGGCUGAUGGUCCAGAAUGACAAAUCGGGGUUAAAACAUGCGUCGUGGGCGUCAAUUCUGGAUAGCGCUGCGAAUAUUUGUUCAAAAGAGAUUUUUGAUACUCGUGUGCUGUCACGCGAUCUUCUGAAGCUGAAUGACAAGCUCGCGAACGUGUACUCGGAGUUGUGUCGUGAGUUAAAGGGGGGAGAGCGGAUCAUUGAAGACGUCGUGUCUGAUCAGAAUCAGCACCAGCAGAAAGCCGAAGAUGGGGUCAUCAUGGUUUUACUGCAGAUUCUCGACACAUUGCAGUCUAACGGCGGAUAUGGAGCUCCGGAUUUGUGUAAACAAGCUGCUGCUGUGGUCAGAAAGGCAUUCGUUACCUCGGCUAUGGUUGUUGAUGAAAAGUAUUUUAUACUUCCGUCUCAACCAGAUCUUGUCACUCAAGAGUAUGGCUAUCAGUCAUUCAAGUCGAGGGCGGCGGAUUGCAACCGCGAGAAAGUCUUUGCAGAGCUUAUGAGCAUGCUUCGAAACAGCAAUGGUCCACUUACUGGAAGUGAUCUCAGCUACCUCAAGGCGAAGGUCAAGAAGGACCCUGAGCUAUUGGAGAAGACUUCGACAGGCACGUGUACCUUGGAGAACGAUACUAAAGAUGGUGGUGGCCUGUGUACUUUAUUCCAUCAAGCUGCUGCAGGAUCGGCACAUGACGCUGAACUGGUGGAGUGGAUGAUCCAGAUGGGAGUGUUGGCUCUUCAACCGACUCUCCACUGUCGAUCGAAGGAAGUCACGUGUUCAAAUGUACGUUUGCCCAAUGCAAUGGCUGUGCAUAGUGCAGCGAUGGCAGGAUACGAGGAUAUCGUCCAGAUUAUUCUCGAAGCCGACCAGUUUGCGGACCUGAACACGCCAACUCUCCACACGAAAGAAACACUUGCGCAUUUGGCGGUGAAGCAUGGACAUCGACGUUUGCUCAAUAUUCUCGUUUGGUUUGGAGCUGACCUUCUCGUUAGAGACGGGCGAGGAAGACGUGUGUGUGAUAUGGCGGAGGAUGCGGAUUGGGCUCGAGAUAUCGCUGCGUACACCGCCCAAAGUCACAGGAACAUCUUCAACAGAACUGGGAACCGUGAGAGUGUUUUGCAGGAGAAAGAGCGAAGGCGUAAGUUAGCAUCUGUUCGUCGCGAUGAACAAGACUCAAAUGUACCUGAACUCAGUAUAACAAAGAAACCAAAGAAACGAUCGAGCAAGAAGAAGACUAAAACUAGCAAGGGGAACACUGGGCAGACGACAAUGCCUACUGGUACAACGAAUUCUCUCUUCGAAACGAAGUCACAUUUGUUGGAAGGCCUGCGCACAUUACCACGCCCUAGUAGUAGUCGUUGCUGUUAAAGUCAUGGGUUGCUAUGAAUACAGUUGCUAUGAGUACAGAA